AUGGUAUAUCUUGCAACGUCAGGUCUAACUUCAGGACAAGAUACCGACUUCGUUGCGGCUGGUGGUCCCGGAAGCUAUGCAUGGAACGUAAUUCGUUCGGAGGCCGACCACCUCAUCUUCAAGCAUGCCGGAGAAAAUGGAGCCAAAACCUUCGAUGGCGUCAAGGUGAAUGCUAUCAACUUCGAACCACUCUCCGAAGACAAUUCAGACCCCGUGUCAACAGACCUGGGUCGACCGGUCUCCGCCACCUGGACGCGCAAGGCGGACAAGUCUUCCGGAGUGAUUAAUUUUGAGUAUCUCGUGGAUGCCACUGGCCGAGCUGGGCUGGUCAGUACCAAAUAUAUGAAGAACAGGACAUAUAAUCAGGGACUGAAGAAUGUGGCUACCUGGGGAUACUGGAAAGGGGCAAGUUCAUAUGGCAUUGGGACUCCUCGAGAGGGGGACCCCUACUUUGAGGCCAUUGCAGAUGGAAGCGGCUGGGUCUGGUUGAUCCCCCUGCAUGAUGGCACCACGUCUAUCGGUGUUGUGAUGAACCAGGCCAUGGCCACAACAAAGAAGCGAGAGGCGGGAUCGAGCUCACAGCAGUUCUACCUCGAUAAUGUGAAGCAAAUCCCCGGUAUAUGGCAGCUUCUUGACAAUGCGGAACUGGUGUCUGACUUGAAGUCUGCAUCAGACUGGUCCUACAGCGCCUCAAGUUAUGCAAGUCCAUACCUGCGCAUCGCCGGAGACGCAGGUUGUUUCAUUGAUCCUUUUUUCUCUUCGGGAGUCCAUCUAGCCUUUGCAAGCGGCCUUUCUGCAGCUCUUAGUAUUCGUGCCGCACAGAGGGGAGACUGUGAUGAAAAGGCUGCAGCAGAGUGGCAUUCGAAGAAAGUUGCGGAGGGAUACACCCGCUUCCUUCUGGUGGUAAUGAGUGCCCUGAAACAAAUAUCUGAUCACGAUGAGCCUGUUCUUACAGACUGGGAUGAAGAGAGCUUCAACCGUGCAUUUGACCUGUUCCGACCAAUCAUCCAAGGAACGGUGGAUGUGGACAAAACUCUCACACAGGCCGAGAUUGCUCAAACGAUCAAUUUCUGUGUCAAUGCAUUCCAGAAUGCCGGUAGAGAAGAACAAGAUGCGCUGAUGAACAAGAUCAAGAGCGUCAGCGAGACAAAAAACGGUGAAGAAACGGACGUUGUUAAGAAGCUUGAAGAAAGUCUCUCCGCCGAUGAACGACGGACGCUGAACACUAUUCAAGCACGACAGAUCAUUCGAUCCGAGGACACGAUGAACAUCGAUAACUUCACUGUCGACGUUAUUGAUGGAAUGGUCCCAAAUCUCAAGCGAGGCUCGCUUGGUCUGCUGAGAUAUGUACCCAAGGUCAAGGCCGGGCAGCAGGAAGACGAGCUCAGAGCUAAGUUGGGGCUGCCAGAGAAACAGGAGUCCAUCUUCUCUUAUUAG